AUGGCUGUUUAUCAUGGCCUGAAUCUUGCUAUGUACAAUGGUUGCACCGAUAUCUGUUGUUAUUCGGAUUCCAAAACUGUUAUAGAUCUCAUUUCUAAGCCUGUCAAUAACCUUCAUUCUCAUGCUUCAAUAAUAGCCUAUAUUAAAGAAUUGGCGAAUUUGGAUUGGAAGGUGACUUUUUCUCAUACUCUUAGAGAGGGGAACGAGAGUGCUGAUUUUCUAGCAAAAUUGGGUUCAAGUAAUGACAUCAAAAUGAAGAUUUGGAACUCCCCUCCUGAGGGUAUCGAGACCUUACUUCUAUCUGAUUCUAGGAGGACGCUACAUCCUCGGCCUUAA